UACAUUAAGGCACAGAUGUUGCAGCCAGCACAGGAGCUUAAUGCUGUGUGUGACCGGUGCACGGCGACCUCUUGUAUGUGGGUCGAGCAGAAGGGUAGAACAGGCGCUGGAGAAGGGAAUGUAUCAGGAAGGCAGAGUGCUCCGAACCCAGGAGGGGAGUGGAUUCUGAUUGACAGGAGAGGUCCGUCCUCUGGGGAAUGUGAACCAUGCAGGUGGAUGCGGCGUUUGUGCUCUUCUGUGUUUGGCUGGCGGGCGCAGCUGGGAAGAUGGUUCAGUCGAGAGGUCACAAGCUGGAAACCUACAAACAAAGCAGGUUGCGAAGAGAUGCCAGGAUGGAUGGCGGAGGAGGUCACAAAACUGGAAGCCCAAUUUACAAGCGAAGCCCAGACAUGACAAAAUCUCUGAUGACAAAAUCCGAGCAGCUCCUGAGAAUAGACGAUCACGAUUUCACCAUGAGGCCAGCGUUUGGAGGUCCUCCAAUUCCUGUUGGUGUAGAUGUUCAGGUUGAAAGUCUGGAUACCAUCUCAGAGGUGGACAUGGACUUUACCAUGACGCUGUACCUGCGUCAUUACUGGAAGGACGAGCGGCUUUCCUUUCCAAGCACCAACAACCAGAGCAUGACCUUCGACAGUCGCCUGGUGAAGAAAAUUUGGGUUCCUGACAUGUUCUUUGUUCACUCUAAGCGCUCUUUCAUCCACGACACCACCACCGACAACGUCAUGCUGAGGGUUUAUCCUGACGGCAAUGUGCUCUACAGUCUCAGAGUCACAGUCACUGCUAUGUGCAACAUGGAUCUCAGCCGCUUUCCCCUGGACACCCAAACCUGCUCGCUGGAGAUUGAGAGCUAUGCGUACACAGAUGACGACCUGAUGCUUUACUGGAAGAAAGGAAACGAAUCCCUGAACACAGACGACAGAAUAUCUCUGUCCCAGUUCCUCAUCCAGAAAUUUCACACCACCACCAAGCUGGCUUUCUACAGCAGCACAGGCUGGUACAAUCGUUUGUACAUCCACUUCACCCUGCGGCGCCACAUAUUCUUCUUCCUGCUGCAGACUUACUUCCCUGCUACUCUCAUGGUUAUGCUCUCCUGGGUGUCGUUCUGGAUUGACCGAAGGGCUGUCCCCGCCAGGGUACCGCUAGGCAUCACAACCGUGCUGACCAUGUCCACCAUCAUCACCGGGGUCAAUGCUUCGAUGCCUCGGGUCUCCUACAUCAAAGCUGUGGACAUUUACCUCUGGGUCAGUUUUGUCUUUGUCUUCCUUUCGGUGAUAGAGUACGCAGCGGUGAACUACCUCUCCACCGUACAGGAGAGGAAAGAGAGGAAGCUGAGGGAGAGACUUCCAUGUACAUGCGGCAUUGGCAACCCUGAUGAAAUGAUGAUCGACCCCCAGAUCACUGGAUAUGGGUCCACAGAUGUCAACAUCACAGGAAAUUAUGGGUUGCCAGAAAACGGGGGCCGCCAGGAACGAAUUUUGGCCCAAGUGGCACUGAACGACCCACAGAUCACAGGCCAGGUGAAGGCAUCUAGAGGCUACGUGAACAUCUGGAUAGACACCCAUGCCAUAGACAAGUACUCAAGGGUCGUCUUUCCUGGAGCCUACAUCCUUUUUAACAUCAUCUACUGGUCCAUCUACUUGUAACCUGUGAUGCAUGAAAUGCUGUUUUGUGCAUGCUGGGACAGCAGGGGCUCAGCUCAGGAAAGAUGAUGCUGCACUUGAAGUGUUUGGGACAGAGAAACUGCGCAUGAGAUGCAUGGGGACCACUAACAGAUUGGUGACCAUUGCCUUCUUGACCCAGCCACUUAACACCGAAAUAUGAGCGACCAACUAACAGGACAGUCAUCGAUAGUCACUUCAUCAGUUCUCUGGUUUCUGCUGUAUCUAUAGUUCUGUAUCUAUAGUUCUGGUGACAGAAAGAUGUCUGGAUGCUGUUGUCGCCUGAGGACGCAGAGAUGCACGUACAUGGACUUGUGUCACUCUUCAGGCUAACUACUUCUAGUUCUAGAUGCAGUGACUCCAAGCACACGUUCAACACCGAAAGUGUGAACUGAAAACAUACUGACAUUGGCUAGCAUUGCCAGCAAAUAGAUGGAUCCUUUUUCCUCUUCUUAUGAGCUACACCUGACAAUCAAUAAGAGACUAAAAAUAUUUAAAGGUAUAAUUUAACAUGUUGAGAAAUAUGUUUGUUUGUUAUAUAGCGGCGAGAAACUUGAUACCACUCUCAUACUUGUAAUUAAAUAUAUGGCUAAAUCCAGUAAUAGCCAGUUAGCUUAGCAUAAAAACCCUAACCAGGUUAAACAGCCAAGGUACUUGUUUCCGUCCAGCAUUUCUAUAAUAACUACAGCAAGUUAUAUAUUUUGACUGAAUCCAUACAGAAACAACCAUAAAAGCCUGGUUUUAUAGGGGGAUUAGUGCUACUAUUUCUCUACCGGUAUAAAUGCUUAGCUAAUACUCAGAAGUCCUACUAUUUUUCUAACGGUAUGACUGCCUAGCUAACGCUCAGAGGCAAGAAAGAGUCUGGCAAUUAAAUUCCCAACAGAAUGUCAAUUUUUAUAAAGAUUAAAAAAACAGAUUACAUCUUGUUAAUUAGUCAGCCUUUGAGGUGGUAGUUGGCAAAUUUCGCCCAGCUGCUUCCCCCUUUUCCCCAGUCUUGUGUGCUCAGCUCAGCCGUCUCCUGGCUAGACCUUCAUAUUUACUGCAGACAUGAAAGUGAUAUCACCACACUCUCCCAACUCUGCACGAAAGCAAAUAAACAUCUGAAUGAAA